AUGAGACUCCAAGUGUUUGCCUUCCUCGUUCUAUUUCUACAAGAAGUAGCGUUUUCAGAAGAAACCGAUAUUGUUGACCACAUUGUUGUAGAAGAAGAGCACCGAUACGAGUGGGAUUCUAAUGGAUAUGUCAUCUUCUGUCCUUGCAUGGGCAGAUUUGGCAACCAGGCAGAUCACUACAUUGGAGCUUUAAGGUUUGCUAAAGAGCUCAACAGGACGUUAGCGCUGCCACCGUUUCGAACAUAUAAAAAUAUUCCAUUUACUGAUUGGUUUAAGCUCGGACCUAUACAACAGUACGUCAAAGCUAUACCAGCUGAAGACUUUAUGUCACAGUUGGCUCCACACUAUUGGCCUCCUGGUCGUCGUACUGGUUACUGUUGGCAAUAUACUGGGAAGGAAUGCAAGAUGAAGGACGGUAACCCAUUUGGACCGUUUUGGGAUGGACUGGGAGUGGAGUUUGAUGACUACGUGACGUAUCAGUUGAGUUAUGAUAUGGAUAAUCUACGGACUGUAGCACAGUGGAAUGAAAGAUUUCCUAGUGACCAACAUCCUGUGCUAGCUCUACGUGGUGCACCGGGCGCUUUUCCUGUCAGUGAAUCUAAUCGACAUCUUCACAAAUACUUUGUUUGGUCGGACACGAUAACAGAACAGGUUGACAAAUACAUUAACGAAACACUUCCAGAUGGACCGUUUGUGGGAAUACAUCUGAGGAAUGGACAGGAUUGGGAAAAUGCAUGCAGUCAUGUGGACACAGCCCCUCGCUUCAUGGCAUCACCUCAAUGUCUUGGUUGGGAUGGAGCCAAACGCGUGACAAAAGAAAUUUGUCUUCCAUCCAAAGAGGACGUUCUCCAACAAACCGAAGCAAUCGUGAAACGCAUAAACGCAAAGUCACUGUAUGUUGCAACCGACAGAAACCCGAUGCUUGAAGACUUCCAAGUACGACUGAAGCCAUUAGGGGCCGAGGUCUUUCACUUGGAUCCCUGGCUGCCACAGCUUGAUCUGGCUAUACUUGGUCGGUCCAAUUACUUCAUUGGCAACUGUGUGUCUUCGUUCACCGAGUUUGUCAAACGAGAAAGAGAUGUGCACGAUCGACCCACCUCGUUCUGGGGGGUACACGAGGUCGUCAAAAAUAAUAUAUGAAACGUGCGUAUGGACUAGUUGCGUGCGGUUUUGUUUCUGGAAUAUAACGUGAUUUAUUUGUGGUUCUGUAGAUGCCACUCAGCGUGUUUUUUAAAUUUUGAGUUGAACUGUAGGAAGUGCGCGCGUUGGUGGUUUGGCAACUCGAGGCCGUGCUAGUCAUUUGUAGGUAGAAUGACAAUAUUCAAUAUUACAUAUUAGAUAACUCAACUUUGUAUAGAAAAUAGGAUUUGCAACUAUGUCAGUCUAGACAGUCACAUGUCCGCAAAACUUUCAAUUCAU